CGAAUUUCAAUGACUCCAGGAAGUUUUCUCAAAUCUGCUUCCGGGAACAGAGUAGAACAAAGAUGGCAUCUGCCAAGAGUCAAGAGAAAAGUGAAGAAUUUCCCGAUAUUGUCGAUUUGGCGGAAUAUGCCAAGAAACAAAGAUGGUGGAGUAGAGUAUUUGGACAGAAUUCUGGGCCAAUUGCUGAGAAGUAUUCAGUGGCUACACAACUUGCAAUCGGAGGGGUCACAGGCUGGUGUGCUGGUUACCUGUUUAAGAAGGUUGGAAAGCUAGCUGCAACAGCUGUGGGAGGUGGAUUCUUCCUUAUUCAGAUUGCAAACCAUACAGGGUACAUUAAAGUUGACUGGAAGAGAGUGGAGAGCGAUGUAAACAAAGCAAAAAAACAGUUGAAAAUUAAUACCAAGACAUCACCUGAAGUACGAACACGAGUCGAUGAGGUGACUUCAUUUGUAAAAAAAAAUGUUGUGGUGGCAGGUGGCUUUGCUGGAGGAUUUCUCCUUGGAAUGGCUUCAUAAAGAAGAAUCCAUUUUAAAAAGAGAGACUCAUAACCCUUUUACGAAACUUUGUAGUGCACUUGUGUGGGAUACGUAGCUAAGAAACGGGCUGCGGCAAGUCUCAACAGAGGAACAGCUUUCAUACAGUCCGUUCACUGUAGAGUUAUAUGUGCAGGGUUCUUUGAUGGGGAUGUUUACGGGAGUAAAUGGUAGAUGUCAACCUCUGUGUGAGUGGGACUUUUUUUUUUUUUUUUUUUAAUGCUGAAUCGGCUGUCAACUUUUUUCGGUGCCAUGUUUGUUGUGAAACCAACACCUAGCCUUAGAAAAGGCUCAAUUAAAAAGCUGAAGCUAUAGAUCCACUGAAUAUUACUGUAUUUUUUUAUUUGAAGUAAGAAAUAGCAUAAUAGAGUGAAUGGUUCUUCAGUUUUGUCAUGGCACCUGCACCCAGUUUUUUAAUUUAAAUUAUCUGUUAGCCAGGAAAGUGAACAGAGCUUUCUUUGUCCCUUUUCAGUCAUGACCCAUACUACAAGGUGAAGGGUAAGGAAAUGUGUAUAUAAACGGGUGUGUUUUUUGAGAAGUAGAAGAAAACUGAAGUACCUGGAGAAAAGCUACACAGACAUGAGCAGAGCAUGCGGCACCGAGGUCUGGAUACUGGUCUUACCAUUGCGACAGUUUAUCAGCCUGUUAAAGAAUACUAUCUUUUUUGGGGGAGGGGGGUUUAAAAUCACAACGUGAUAAUAUGCUGCAGUCGCUGUUUAUACCUGGAUUGGGUAAACUGGGUGUUCUUGCCUUUUAUAGAUUAUCCUUCUUUUUAUCCAGGUAGGUGAACUAUUGAAGUAGAGAAUCAGAAUUGCAAAUGCUGCAUCCAUGCAUCUCCCAGGGCAUGGUGCAUUAGGGUUUAUUUUUUAUAAACUUUAAUCCCAAAAAUCUCUUAAAUAACUAGUUGCAAGUGUGGUGCAACACAUUUUAUAAGUUGUAUUUUGUAAGUAACUGACUUGAUGACAACUGUUACAUGUAUAUAAUUUCUUGCUUGAUGAUUGCAGUCGCUGGCUGGAGUAAAUAUGUUUUGCAAAGCUUUA